AAAUGCACAUUUCAACUUCCGGUGAAAGAUGGAACAUGUGUGUUACGUUGUGCAGUUUGGUUAACUUGUUACAUCUACUAAGAAUUGUAAACGAUUGUGUUAAGAUAUAAACAAAAAAUGCCAAAAGCAGCUAAGGCAAAGGUCGGACAGAACAAAAAAGCCGUUCACCCAAACAGCAGAAAAGCUCUAAGUCUUUCCAGAAAGAGUUUCCGUGAUCUUCGCAUAAACAAAAAAAAAUCAGCAAGAAAUAAAUACGAUUUCUUGGCAGAAAAACUGUUAUGGUUUAAGGAGAACAUGGACAGUCAAAAAGAUGCAUAUACGAAAAAGGAACUGGUGGACUUGGUAAAUGAAUAUCGACAUAGAUUUGACGAGGAGCUAGAACAGAUUACCAUAGUGAAUAGCAUAAAGGGGCGUGAUAAACUACAGUACGUAUCAAGAGAGGCGGCUAUCAAAUUGACCACCGAAAAAGAAGAUGCCGAAUUUAGCAGCUGUGGAAUAGAAGUACCCGAUUUAAUUAAUGGACAUCACUGCGAGUCGUUUAAAAAGUGGGAUGGCGAAACGAAAUACAUACCUAACAUUAAACUGAGAAAAAUAUCACAAACGGACGUUGACAAACUAAACGAAUAAUCAUAGAUUGGUGUUCGUUAUUUAUAAUGUGUGUACCGGAGACGCAAUGUCUUGACACUGUAUGUAGCUCAAUACUUUGAUUGUAUGAAUAGGCUAGCGAUACACGUCAUCCCAAAGCAUGAUGAUAUUAUUAAUUAAAAUGACGUUUUUAGCUAAAUACAAUGAAACCUAGGUAGUUUGUCAGUGUUUCGUUAAUUCAGCUUUACCUUGAUUAGACAGCUCAAUGGUUAUGGCAGUACAAGAGAUCUGAUUCGUAUUAAUGUCAUUAUUGCACUGAAAUAUGUUGUACCACAAUAAACCUGUUAUAGACAACA